AUUGUGGCGACCUCUAUUGGCCAUGGUGUGGUAUUUUUGAUCAAACUGAAAGUAAUACACCACACUAACAUACUGAAAACGCUAAAGGAAACGGUGGCACAGUAUAAGAGGUGUAGCGGUGUCGUUGCAGGUACUAAAACAACACCGAACGACAGAGAGAUGAAUCGAAUGAGUGAAGAAGUGGAGUUGGAAAAAAGUGUCAGGCGACUGAGAGAGAAGUUUCAUGGACUUAUUGAAAUUGACAAGGCUGUACUGCUUAUGCGACGCUAUGGAAACAACCAUCGUAUGGUUGCAAUGUGUGUCGCCCUGAUGGCAGAUAACGACAGGGAGAUGGACGAGGAAGACAGAUCAGCUUUGAAUAACGACCCUGUAGCUAAGAACGUGGUUAUGAAACUCAAAGCUGAUGAAAAACAACAGGAAGAAAAAACCGCCAAGUCAUCUGGAUCCAGUGGUGCCAGUCAACCAGCACAAGCAUCGGCCAAGAAAAAGAGCAAAGAUGACAGUGAUAUAGCGGAGCUCGGAGCACGUCUGCGAGUUCUGCCAUUAACAGAAGAGAACAAACGAAUGUUUGACCAGGCUCAGGCAAACCAGAUCCCUUCUGUCAUUCAUCAGUUUGCCUGCGAGUCAUGUGACAGGGAUUGGUGGCGACGUGUCCCUCAGAGGAAAAGGGUGUCACGCUGUCACAGAUGCAAAAAGAAGUAUGACCCUGUGCCAGCCAACAAAAUGUGGGGUAUAGCAGAGUUUAACUGUCCAAACUGCUUUCGGACCUUCAAGGGUUUUGGUCGGAUGGAUGGACGUUCCCCUUGUUACGGCUGUCGCUCAGCCAUUUUCCCCACACAGAUUUUACCACCCAGAAAGAGGAACAUGCUGCCUGGGUCUAGAAGAAGAAAUCAGCACAGCUGCCUUGCUGAAGACUGUUAUAAUCGAAUGGAGCCCCACGUACCUGGUACAGAGUGCGUUCACCCACAUAGCCGACAGAAGAACAGGAAGCCACGUGUGGUUUACCCCAGCCCAACUCACAUCAGCAGCGGAUCCACUGUCAACACCUGUCUAAGUCAGGGCAGUCUGAUAGAAAGCAUCAAUGAGCUCAUUCUAGAUGACAUAAGAGAAGUGUCUGAUGAAGACUCUGACAGCAGCACCUGAAGCAGGAGCAAAAAUAUCAGUUAAACAACUAUUAUCACUUCAGCUGUUUUUUUGAAUGAAACAUAAUAUAAUUUUUGAUAUAAUUUCAAAUAAUUCACUCAAAGUAAUAAAUGUAUUAAGGCGUAGACAGCCUAAAUAAAAUAUGUAAUGCGCUGCAGGCUGUAUGAACACAAUGCAACACACCAAACACAGAAUCCAGAUAAGGAAUAAUUGGCUGUUGAAUUAUGGAGUAAUUAGUGCACACCCUGAGGUGGUAAUCCUGCAGUGUGUGCGCAAAACAGAGUAAGCAUUUGUGGAUCUCAGCCAUACAAAAGAUUUACAUAAGUGAUGUGAAACUAAACUGCUGUAAACAAUCCUGGAAAUACUUAACAGUUGAAAUGACUAUCAACCGUUCAGAAUCUUAAGCAUUUAGCCGCACUGAGCUAUAAUGUUUUGUUACAGAGCUGGUGUGAACAGACAAGUCCAAAAAAUUUUCUUUGUAGAGUCUGUGUAAAGACAGUUCAAAGAUCGUUUCUAAACACAGUAUAAAUGUUAGAAAUGUACUGCUGAAAACUCGUUGCUAAUACUGUAAACUAUGUGGAGUUAGACCGUUAAACGUUUUUUGUGUACAGGAGUUCUGUGUUCCGGAUUUUUUUGGCCAUGCCUGAAAUAAUGUCUCGUGCAUGGCCCCUCCCCAAACACUAUAAUAACUAAAACGCAUUAGCAUCAGUUGUUUGCCCACUCACUGGCGAGUUAAUGUCAUUACCAUUAGUUACUACAGCCUACAGUUUGCAAGCUAGCUAUGUCUUUGUCACUUAAAUGCAUAUAAUCUCUUGCAAUAAUUUACAAAACAGCUCAGUCAUCCAUUCAGGUUGUAAUGGUAUUUGACAGUUAAAGGUGCAAUGUGUAAAUCUUAGCAGCAUCUAGCAGGGAGGUUGCGAAUUGCACAUAGAGUAGCUACGGUGGCUGACAGAGGACAAAGAUGUCUUCGUCUGAGACAGCAGAGAGUAGCCAGUGGUAAAUUAAGGAAUUACAGUUGAGGUCAAAAGUUUACAUACACCUUGCAGAGUAUGAAAAAUGUUAAUUAUUUUACCAAAAUAAGAGGGAUCAUGCAAAAUGCAUGUUGUUGUUUUUAUUUAGUACUGAUCUGAAUAAUACGACGGCGUUUUAGUGCCACCUU